GUCUCGCAUCUUCGUACCAAACACGCUCAUUUUCUCUCUCCUGCAACACCAACAUCAUCAUCACCAAAGGAGAGAGAAAAUGGAGUGAGGCCCUCUGAAAAUGGGGUUUCAUUUGUCUGUUAUUUUCCCUCUUAAACCCUAAUUUUGUUAAUUGCCCAUUUUACCCUUUUCCCAUUACACUCACUCUUCUUCUCUAUCUAACUUCUUCUUCAGUACUUCAGCUACCAAUAUAAACAGAAUAAACAACAUCCGUGUUCUCUCUCCUCUUCAAUUUCUCUCUCUAACCUUCGAUUCGAUUCUUCCUUCGUCGGCAUUCUCAGAGAUAUAGAAAUGAGGUUUUUUGGUGUAGAUUAGGGUUAGGGUUUCUAAUUUUGGCAUCGAUCAUCGGAAACUAUUAUAGUAGAGCUAAAUCGUCGUCGUCAUAUCUGAGGAAUUAAUAUUGUUUUUGUUGACUUUUCCGAUGGUUCGUGGACGGCGAUUUUUGACCAGUUGUUUGCUCUAUAUGCUUCCAAGGAAGAGAGCUGCUGGUGAAGGUGAGGUAGUUGACGGUACAACAACUUCUUCUUCUUCGUCUUUUAAAAAGUCUCGCAUCGAAGGAUCCGCCUCCGCUUCGAAUUCCGUUGAUACGACAUCGAAUAACUCGAAUUCUGGUAGUAGGUUUACAGGUGAGAACAACGACACCGAAGUUACGAUCACCAUGGCUAUAGGCGAUGGUAAUCCGCAGGAAAUUGAUGAGGAUCUGCAUAGUAGGCAGCUGGCUGUGUAUGGGCGUGAGACUAUGAGGCGCCUUUUUGCCUCCAAUGUUCUUGUCUCGGGGAUGCAAGGCCUUGGAGCUGAAAUCGCAAAGAAUCUUAUCCUUGCUGGUGUCAAGUCUGUCACCUUGCAUGAUGAAGGAACAGUGGAGCUAUGGGAUUUAUCCGGCAAUUUUCUUUUCUCUGAAGAUGAUGUUGGGAAAAAUAGAGCACUUGUUAGUGUGCAAAAGUUGCAAGAACUGAAUAAUGCAGUGCUUGUUACUACUUUGACAACUAAACUGACAAAGGAACAGCUUUCUGACUUCCAGGCUGUUAUAUUUACUGAUAUCAGUUUGGACAAAGCUAUCGAGUUCAAUGAUUACUGCCACAGUCAUCAACCCUCUAUUGCUUUCAUUAAAGCUGAAGUAAGGGGACUUUUUGGCAAUGUGUUUUGCGACUUUGGACCUGAGUUUACUGUUGUUGAUGUGGAUGGUGAGGAACCACACACUGGAAUAAUUGCUUCAAUCAGCAAUGACAAUGCUGCCCUUGUAUCAUGUGUGGAUGAUGAAAGACUGGAGUUUCAGGAUGGGGAUCUUGUUGUGUUCUCUGAAAUUCACGGGAUGCCUGAACUAAAUGAUGGAAAGCCAAGAAAGAUUAAAAAUGCAAGGCCCUAUUCAUUCACUCUUGAGGAGGACACCACAAAUUACGGCGUGUACCAGAAGGGAGGGAUUGUGACACAAGUCAAACAGCCAAAGCUUCUGCAUUUUAAGCCUUUGAGAGAAGCACUUAGUGAUCCGGGUGACUUUCUUUUGAGUGAUUUUUCAAAGUUUGAUCGCCCACCUCUGCUGCAUUUGGCAUUUCAAGCUUUAGACAAACUUGUGUGUGAGCUAGGGCGAUUUCCUAGUCCUGGUUCUGAAGAUGAUGCACAAAAGUUAAUAUCCUUAGCUAGUAAAAUUAAUGAGGGCUUAGGUGAUGGCAGGCUAGAAGACAUCAACCCUAAACUUCUACGCCACUUUGCUUUUGGGGCUAGGGCUGUACUGAAUCCUAUGGCUGCUAUGUUUGGUGGUAUUGUUGGACAGGAAGUCAUGAAGGCUUGCUCUGGAAAGUUCCAUCCUCUUUUUCAGUUCUUCUACUUUGAUUCAGUAGAGUCACUUCCUACUGAGCCCUUGGAUCUCUCUGAUUUUGCUCCAAGAAAUUGUCGCUAUGAUGGUCAAAUUUCUGUUUUUGGAUGGAAACUCCAGAAGAAGCUAGAAGAUGCUAAAACAUUUGUUGUUGGAUCUGGUGCUCUUGGGUGUGAAUUCUUGAAGAAUUUGGCUUUGAUGGGUGUUUCUUGUGGUAGCCAAGGGAAGCUUACAGUUACUGAUGAUGAUGUUAUUGAGAAAAGUAAUCUCAGUAGGCAAUUUUUGUUCCGUGAUUGGAACAUUGGGCAGGCUAAGUCCACUGUUGCUGCUGCUGCCGCCAUAGCAAUUAAUCCACAGUUCCAUGUUGAAGCCUUGCAGAAUCGUGUUGGUUCUGAAACUGAAAAUGUAUUUGAUGACACUUUUUGGGAAAAUUUAAGUGUUGUAGUCAAUGCACUGGACAAUGUGAAUGCUAGACUGUACGUAGAUCAGAGAUGCUUGUAUUUCCAGAAGCCUCUCCUUGAAUCAGGAACUUUGGGUGCCAAGUGCAACACACAGAUGGUCAUUCCUCAUCUCACUGAAAAUUAUGGCGCUUCACGAGAUCCACCUGAGAAGCAAGCACCUAUGUGCACAGUGCAUUCUUUUCCACACAACAUUGACCAUUGUCUGACCUGGGCUCGCUCUGAAUUUGAGGGACUACUUGAGAAAACUCCAGCUGAAGUGAAUGCAUAUCUUUCAAACCCUAGUGAAUACACUUCAUCUAUGAGGAAUGCUGGUGAUGCUCAGGCUAGGGACACUUUGGAACGUGUUCUUGAAUGCCUUGAAAAGGAAAGAUGCAAGACAUUUGAGGACUGUGUUGCCUGGGCUAGGCUUAAGUUUGAAGACUACUAUACCAGCCGUGUGAAGCAGCUGACGUAUACAUUCCCUGAAGAUGCUGCAACCAGUACAGGAGCUCCAUUCUGGUCAGCCCCAAAGAGAUUUCCUCGUCCCUUGCAAUUUUCAUCUUCUGAUCCUUCACAUCUGCAUUUUAUUAUGUCUGCGUCUAUAUUACGAGCCGAAACAUUUGGUAUCCCCAUCCCUGAUUGGGCAAAACAUCCCAAGAAAUUGGCAGAGGCUGUUGAUAACGUCAAGGUCCCCGACUUUCAGCCAAAAAAAGAUGCCAAGAUUGUUACAGAUGAGAAGGCUACUAGCCUUUCUUCUUCUUCUAUAGACGAUGGAGCGGUCAUUGAUGAACUUAUUAGUAAGUUGGAGCACAUUCGCAGCAAUUUACUGCCGGAUUUCAGGAUGAAGCCAAUCCAGUUUGAGAAGGAUGAUGACACAAACUACCAUAUGGACCUCAUAGCUGCUCUUGCCAAUAUGAGGGCAAGGAACUACAGCAUUCCUGAAGUCGACAAAUUGAAGGCCAAGUUUAUUGCUGGAAGGAUCAUUCCUGCUAUUGCAACCUCAACCGCUAUGGCCACUGGUUUGGUGUGCCUGGAGCUGUACAAGGCUUUGGAUGGAGGGCAUAAGCUGGAGGACUACCGAAAUACAUUCGCUAAUCUGGCAUUGCCUCUGUUUUCCAUGGCUGAACCAGUCCCUCCAAAGGUUUUCAAGCAUCGAGACAUGAGCUGGACUGUUUGGGACCGAUGGGUCUUGAAGGGCAACCCUACCCUCAAUGAACUUAUACAGUGGCUUAAGGACAAGGAGCUGAAUGCUUACAGUAUCUCUUGUGGAAGUUGCUUGCUUUUCAAUAGUAUGUUCCCUCGACACAGAGAAAGGAUGGACAAGAAAAUUGUGGACCUUGCAACAGAAGUAGCGAAGGUAGAAAUUCCUCCUUAUCGCCGCCACUUGGAUGUUGUUGUGGCUUGUGAGGAUGACGAUGAUAAUGAUAUUGACAUCCCACUGGUCUCUGUAUACUUCAGAUGAGCUUUGCUAUAAUUACGCUAAUGACGUCCCCAUCAUCUUUAUACAUUCUCAAGGCCAUAAUAUCUGCGUUGUAUCUCUUAGCCUCUAUGAGGUUUUGCAGCACAAGUCUUGAUUCGGAGUGAACAUUUUCUUCUGUAGCGUUUAUGUACUGGAUAUUUGUUCAUGCACAUCCACAUGUUAUAUAGAGCCUAACUUCAGUUACAUGAAUUUAUGAGCUUCUUUCUGUAUUGGCAUUGUGUAUGCAUAAUAUUUAGGCAAAGUCAUAAUGUGAAGGUCACACAAUACUUCAUUGUAAGACACGUAAUAUUUACUUAAUUUAGGGGUAACUUUUUUUUUC